AUAUCCUGUGGGGGAAAAAAAAUAAAAACACAAGAAGGAAGAUCAAUAAAAUGGCGAGGGGUAUAGUUUUAGCAAUUGGGUGUGUUGCAGAAUUUCUAGGGCUGUGUGCAAUAAUUACAAUUGUUGUGGUGGGCAACAAAAUCGGUGGCUUUGCAGCCUUUCCAAGUUUUAACUACCAUCCACUUCUUAUGACUCUGGGCUUCGUUUUCAUAUUCGGUCAUGGAAUUCUGACCUUUCAAAUCAUCAGUAAUCUAAAGUUACACGUGUCUCGUUUAGUUGAGAAACUUAUUCACUUUGGAACACUGUCUAUGGGUUGUGUGUUUAUGUUCAUUGGAUGGAGCUGUGCGGAUAGCAUGGACGGUACAACGCUGUUCCCACAUGGAUUGGAUUAUGAGGGCUCACCACACAGCUGCAUUGGUCUUGCAGCAAUCAUUUUCUUUGGCCUUCAGGGUUUAGUUGGUUUCACAUUUUUCCUGUUUCCUAAAUUUGGAUCUGCAUUACUGCGGCUAAAGGUUGUGAAGAUUCAUCGAUUAUUUGGAUUGUUUUCAUUCUUAAUGGCAGUGGUGGCAACCUUGAUGGGAGCAACUGAAUUGGCAAUGUUACAAUCUUUACAGUCUGCUAGUGAAUCAACUCCAUCCAUCACACCUCUUGUUGUUGUCUUCGUGUCUUGCAUUCUGAUGUUUGCGUUUUCAGUCAUUUCAAUUCAAAUUCAACCGGUAAUGACUGCGGAAGACAAGGACUAUUCACAAACACGAACUGUACAAGAAGAAAUGUCCGAAAUGGUUCAUGACUUGAACAACACAACUUCAGAAUAGAAUAAAAAGCUUACAUAAUGGCGGCACCAGCAUGGGCUCAAGGGAAAUACACAGUGUGACAAGCAUGGACUCCUCCCGUCCUCAGAUAUCACUUGAGGUUGAACUAAAAUAUCAAUUUGCCAAUCCAACUUUUGGAACCAUUUCACAAUUGUUACCAUACUAAACCAUAAUAUGUCUGCCACUUGAACCCCACCAGGAUUUUUACCCCAGAUUGGUGAAGAGGUCCUGGCAGCUCAUAGUUUUGACCCAACUUUGUCAGACUUGUGUCAUUCCUGUCGGCCAAUGUACUUGCAGCCAGAAAUUUUUAAAAGAUGACCAAGAUUUACAAAUUGUUAAAUCAAUAUGAAUUUAUAUACAGCUGUUGGACAUAGGGAGCAUUGUAAUGGAAUUAUUGUGUGUGUGGGUGUGCAUGUGUGUGUGUUUUUACACUGAAAUUUAUAAGUAAUAAGCAAACUCAAAAACUGUACAUUAUGUUGGCAGUGGCAGAUCCAGGAAAUUGAUGUAGGGGGAACACAGGGAGGGAUUUUCACAGAUGGAGGGUGUAGACCACCUUCAACCUGACACUGGUUGGUUCUAAGCUUUGGCAUUUUGAUAGUUUUGGCCAUGUGAAAGAUCCUCUUGUUUUUUAUGAAUAUUAAAGAUGAAGGGGUAAAUCAAACUCCCAGACCAUUAGGUACCUAAUUUGUCAUUGAAAUGACACAGUAACAUAUCUAGGAAUUAUGAAAUGGGGGGUGGGAGCACUGAUAGUGGGGUAAAAAGGUAAAGUGAGGGGACACUACCCGCAAAAUAAAAUGAUACAAGGUCAUUUUUAUCUACUUGAGCGUGAUUGUUUUGCUUCAAACCUUUUCAAUGUGAUGCAACUGGGGGGAACGAGCAUUUUUAGGUGUGUAAACAAUCCUACUCUUUGUCCAUAGAUUGAAUUCUCAUAUUUUGUUCUCAAAAGUUUUACCAAGACCAUAUACUUACAGUGAAUAAUAGUAGGCUUAUAUUUUAGUGUAUUCAAUCAUUGUAUAAAUUGUAUAAAUUAAGCAUUAUUCUUAUUCUUUUAUUUGCCCUAAAAAAAUGAUGAAAAUAUUAUUUGCAUAUAAACGACAGUUUGGGUUCUAGCAAUUCAUUGGAUCAAACAUUCUCUGUCAGACCAACCACUUCAUUGAGGUGAAAGCAUUUCACUGUGGUCAGGGUGGUUCUAGAUAAUGAAUUUUCUGUGCGCAAUUUGGACUGGAAAAAAGCAAAGGACCUGAAAUUAAGUGCUUAUUCUAAUUCAUGUUAUUGUGUUUUUUUUUUAAAUUUAAUUUUAUUUAGUUUAAUGUUAUUAAACAUUGCUUUAUAUGUUUAUUUUCAAACAUCUCUAAGAAAUACUGCCGCUCAAAAAUUAAAAUAUGAAUCGGAAUUACUCAUUUUUCAGAGGUAUUUUCCCCUAAAAAUGACCAAAAAAAUCAUAAAAAACUAAUUUUGAAAUUAAAUUGCUCAAUUUGCAGUAACCGUACACAUUAUUAACUUGAGUAUAGCAAUAAUUGAAUUUAAAGUCCAUCUCGAAUUUAGUCUUUAGUUUUCAAAAGAAGUAUCCUCGAAAAGAAACACAUGGGAUUUUUUUAACGAUAGCAUGGGCUUCUGUUCACCGUAGGCCUACAUGAAUUUUAAAGAAACAAAAUAAUUUAUAAAAAUGCUUGGUUUACACAGUAGUUUAUGUGAUUUAAUGCUGGUUAAUACAUGAUACAAACUGAUGUUACAGUGGCCCUAUUUAUUUAUUGUUUGAUAGUAGUACUGUAAUUUCCAAACUUUACAGCAUUAUUUUUUAAGGAAGCCCCCCCCCCCCUUUCCUUAUUUUGCAGAGUAACCUUGAAUAGAAGCCCAUCUUAAAAAGAAGCCCAUCCAAAGUUUGUCAAAAAAUAACGAAGCCCAGGGCUUCUAUUCAAGUUUUUACGGUAUGUGUGAGCAUGAGUAAUGCCAGCAGGACAACCCCUUUUGAAUGAUUCAAAAUUGCUCUGUCCCAACCAAUUUAUGUUGUCAUAGUUAAGUUGCUCUGCUCAGUCCCCAUGUUCCUGAAAUAAUUGUAUAAAUGUAAUACUGUGUUUAACAUGUUCUUAAGUUAUUAGCUCU